UUGGUUAAUGAACAUAGGAGGUAUCAGAGGCAGCCAUUUUUCCUAGCCGGUAACACCUAUCAAAAUAUUUUAAACAAGAAACCUCGAAAUACACCUAAAUUACGAUUGAUAUCGUAUAUUUCUUUGGUCGUUAGAUUCAUCUUAUCAAGACAUGUCUUGGGACAGUCACAUAGAUGCAAUGAAGUCAUCAGGAGCAGAUGAUUGUUGUAUCUGUGGCCAGGAUGGUAAUAUAUGGGGGAAAUCUGCUGGCUUAAACAACAUUACACAACAGGAAUUAGCUGUAAUCAUCAAGGCUGCAAAAGGGCAAGUUAUUCAAGAUGGGGAAAAGUUGGAGUUGAACGGCAUACCGUUAAUGAAAGUUAAGGAAUUGGACGGGCCUAAUACUGGAUGUAAUUUUGUAACAAAACAGACUGGUGAGAAGGAACUGUGCUGUGCUGCUUUGUCUGGCAAAGGUGUUGUUAUUGUAAAAAAGGGAGGACAGAAUCAGCGGAAGGCAGUUGAUCUUUGUGAGAGGCAGGUCCAGUAUCUUAAAGAUUCUGGAUACUAAUCACUUCAUUAUAAUUGUGUUUCCAUAGCAUUUGAGUCUUGCAGUGAUUUCAACACAAACAUAGAUAAAAAUCAAAAUUUGCUUAUUUGUAGUUUUUAAUUGCCAUAGUGCUUUGUUAUGUUUAUGAUUGUUGAAUUAUAUGCUCUUUAUCGAU